AUGGGAAUAAUUGAAAAGUUUCUUCCGGUUAUCAUCGAACGCGAGGAGGAGGGCAAUACAUCCCCUGUUAUUCAAUGCGGGGGCGCCAGUUUUAUUUACGUAAAGUACAAUUAUUUAUAUUUGGUCGCCCUCGCGAAGAAUAACUCCAAUGCCGCACUGAUCUUUUCUUUUCUAUAUCGCCUCAUAAAUGUACGCAGAAUUUUUUCCAUCACGGCUUUAAGAUUUUUCUCGAGUACUUCAAGGAUCUGGAAGAGGAAAGCAUACGAGACAAUUUCGUCGUCACGUAUGAACUUUUGGACGAAGUCAUGGAUUUCGGCUACCCUCAAACAACAGAUUCGAAGAUUUUACAGGAGUACAUAACUCAGCAAAGCAGCAAGCUUGAAAUUGCCCCCCGACCGCCUAUCGCCGUGACCAAUGCCGUUUCUUGGCGUUCGGACAGCAUAAAAUACAGGCGGAACGAAGUUUUUCUUGACGUCAUCGAAAGUGUCAAUUUGCUGGUAUGCGAUCUGCAUCAUCACCCUCUGAGUCUCAUAGGUGAGCUCCUCGGGGAGCGUCCUGCGGAGUGAAAUCGUGGGCAGUAUUAAGAUGAAAGUUUUCCUUUCCGGAAUGCCCGAGUUACGUCUUGGUGUAAAUGACAAAGUUCGUUUUGAGUCGACAGGCCGUAAGUGGUGUAUUCGGUCUCCCGAAUUUAUGAGUACAUGAAUAUGUGUCAAGCACAAACUUGCUUGCGAGUAUACCUUACUUUCAUUUUUUUCAAUCAUUUAUAUACAGGAGGCAAGGGAAAAUCUGUCGAGCUGGAAGAUAUAAAAUUCCAUCAAUGUGUCCGAUUGUCUCGUUUUGAGAACGAUAGAACCAUCUCCUUCAUCCCACCCGACGGUGAAUUCGAGCUUAUGUCGUAUCGUUUGAAUACACAUGUAAGCUUAAACGCCUCGACCUGGUUAACCGUUUUUAUAGUAUUAACUUCCUUGGACAUACCCGCUAGAUAACGAAUUUGUUAGUGGUCAAGGUUGCAGUCGAAGUUACCACAUGUUUACACUGGAAACCGAUUCUUCCUUUUCGUUUGGCUCUCGCUCGUUUUUAAAAAAUCUGCUCUCUUCGUGUACGCCCGACGAAGUUACACUUGGCUGGUAGUAGAUACACGACUCUGACCAAAUCCCAACGCACAGAAAAGCGUGUUGAUAGUGUUUCUCGUUCCGUCUGUCUGCGUUGUUCUAGAGUUCACAUCACGUCUUCAAUGGCCAAGCUGCCGUAAGUGGACAUUUUUAUUUGUGUGUGCGUCUUCGCGUUCGUUCAAAUUUCUUGUGUCUGACUGUCCAGUCUUGCGACUGCACGUUCGCCGUACUCAACUGACACCACAUCAAAACACGACUGUUGUUUUCGCUUUAAACUAAUCUGCAGAACGACAACAAACACCCUCUUUUACGCACUUAUGGUUUCUGCGCCCUUUGCGCACACCAACCAAAACAUGAGGUAAUUACUACUCGUGGCUAAUGCUUCUUGGCUCCUCGUUCGCCUCUGUGGCACUCGACUGUUACUUUCACUCGAACGUCAGAGUAGUCCGAGUCAGUUUUCCAAUGCCUCCAACCACUAUUUUAGGUACGCUAACUGCAGGCAUUCUGGAGUUCGUCUGCCAUUACAAGUGUUCGUCAUAUAGUUAUAUUAUCUUAUUAAUCCAAUCUGAUCCGUUUUUCGAACCCAUUCACCAGUUUUUUUGUUUUCCUCGCAGGUAAAACCUCUAAUUUGGGUCGAAUCGAUUAUUGAGAGACACGCUCACAGUCGCGUCGAAUACAUGGUCAAGGUUAGUCUUUAAACAAGAGAAUGAAAAACUAACGCCAAAAGUGCAUGUCGCAAUUUUUCACAUCUCUGAGUUACUCCUAACUGCACACAAUAUUUUAAGACGCUGCGUUUUCUCAAUCUCCAACGUAUCCCAUUUUAUACAAAGAGAGCUCUUCUGGGCCCUCAUUUGUAUAGGUCUCCAACUUUUUCCAGUCUUUCAGAAACAGUGUGCCUCGUCUGCCAGGCUGCUUGCUAGAAUCUUCAGAGAAUUCUUGUGAUGACUGGGAAAAGGCAUAAGCGAGCGUCGAGUACAGCCAGCUUAGUGAGAAACUUUUCGAAAAUGGCUCUCUCCAGCAUACCAGUUGACCAGAAGUGUCAUCAUGACCAACAAUUCCGACUCGAUAUUUCUACAGGCUCAUCACAGCUUCACUUUAGAAUCCUGUGAAUUUCACGCUCGCACUGCUAGAGUUUUUUGUAGUGUGGAUGUUGUUUCUACUUUAAGCACAGGAUCGUUCACCUAACUCGCAUUUCCUCAGGAUUUUUUGUAAAAUUUCGGUCAUGAUUAGUGGGACUUAUGCGCAGACAUUGCCAUGUUAAAGGGUGAUGCAGUAGACGCUCACAUUUUUAGGUCUGGUUUAGCCUUUCUUAAUGGCAGUUUUUCGUCUCUUCGGCCUUCCUUGAAUGGGUUGAAAUUCGCAACUGGGUAUCAGCACAUGCAAAUACAUAAUCAUCAGUUUGCCUCUAGGCCCGCUGGUAAGCUAUGAGACUUAACAAGAGUUGACCAUGCGAUGUACGCGAGUUUUUGUUAGAAUGUUUUAAGGUGCUACGGUGGUGGUAUACUAUAAGACAUUACUAAGCUUGCUAACCAACUUGUGUAGUAUUCUGGUCCUAAUAUUCCAUGAUAUCUAAUAAUUUGUUCCUUUUUUCUCACGUAGCCGGUGUAACCGUGCUUUUUUCUAGACCUUUAUCAGAAAGACGUCCCUUAUGUUAUGCAAAAUAGCGAGACGUUUCCGCUGGUUUUUUGUUAGUUUCACGCAGUAAGGUAGUUCGCUAUUUAAAGACCUUUCACACAAAAUAAGAAACACUGCCGUCCUAUUAUUUUAGGACUGUUCUUUACUCUAAGCACGUGACAUACGCGCUGCAGCCCGUUUAUUUUCUCAAGAAUUAUGUUAAAAACCAACCUGUUCAUUUCAUAUAGUUUCAUAGAAUCACGACAAUCGUUUUACUGCGCUUCCGCUAACAUAUACUUUUGCAGAGGGCGCCUAUGGUCACACCGACUGAAAACUUAACCUGGGUCGCAAGGGAUCAAGACAUCCAAGGUCGGAACAUAGUAACAGGAAGUGCCUUAGGAAAAGUGAUUAAUAAAUCGCUUAAUGCGACAAAGACCUGUACUUAAUACAUCUGCAGUCAUGUGCGUUAUGCACUUUUAUACGAGACGGUGUGUGUCGGUGAGUCUGUCUGUUGAUCUACUCACUAUUUCCUAACUACGGAGACCGACUCAUGAGUCACUCAGACAUCCUAACGGACCGUUUCGAAUCGGAUUUUGUGCUGGUUGCCUUUUCUUCGCCUUCGGUGAGGGGGCUAUGUGGGGAUUACGGCACCAACAGUAAGCUCAGGGAAUGAACGGCCAAUAAUAUGCCCGACAUUUGCCGUGUUUAUUUGAAAAAUGUCAGAUUUAGCCUCCUUGUUUACCUACGUUGUGUGGGUCCUCGUAUGUUUCAUGCACACACCCACUGCACUCGCCUCGACUGGCCCCUACUAUCCACACACAUUCGCCCACUACUCGGGCCUAUUCGGUCCCACAUGCCUUCAUAAAGACCUGCGAUAAAUCACUGCAGAUGUGACCACGUCACUACACAUUCCCCCAUCAACACAUACACCCACCCAACAUCUCAUAUCACCGGCACCUCUCACGUAAGUGGGGACUGUGCUUUUUGGCUCCUGCCUCCGCGUGGCUCUUCUGCCGCAUGUGAGAUCCGAGCAUUCUUUCCCCUUGUAUGCGUAAUUCUGAUGGGUGCGUUUGGGGGGCCAGGUCGCGCAUGUGGCGCGCGUGGACAAACUUUGGCUCCGUCGGACACUGCGUCCACACCCGGAAUCAGUCAUCUGACCGGCUCUGAUAAUGGACUGAUUCCUGAGGGUGGGAAGAGUGAGCUGAGUCGAUGUCUCAGCACAUUUUCUUCGCUGGAAACAAUCUGACGCGCUUGAAGCUGUCGCGGCGCUUCAAAAACCGUGACUUGGAGGGUUGCUAACUGUCGGGUAGCUUGAACCCCGCAGUCAGCUCGAUGUAUAUUUAUGCGGGGUGGCGGACUGGUGGACCGAAAGUCAGGCUGCAAUGGCUCUCUAAUGUGGCCUCUAUGGCACUCCCAUUCCGUGGGAUCCGAGCCGUCUCGUUUUUCUCUUAUUAUGUGUAAAAUACUGGUUGGUGUGCGUUUGGGACCAGGGGGCGUGGGGGUACACUUAGGUACAAGUUUUCGCCGUGCCAGCCACCUGCGCCCCCCCUGCCUCUGGUUUUCUUGACUCUGUUUGGACAUCGGGUACAGACAGGGGAGGGGGAGAGAGUGUGGGAGAUGCUGGGCGAUUCUACUAUUCGUAUAAACUAAUUCACGUGCCUGUCGCCGUCCCUGCUCUGGCCUGCUGUGUAGCACUCGGUGGACAUCGUUGAAAUCGACCGCGGAACUGUCAUUUUUCUGCUAUUAAAGCGAUAUUGUAAGCGUAUCUGGGGCUGGUUAGCUGUCUUCUCGGUGUGAGUUCGACGCCGCCAGAUUAGAUAGCCUAUCGAAUUUAAAAAUGUUUGAACAGGCUGAUGCAUCCUCGUGCAUGGCCUAAUCCAAUAUCUAACGGCUAUUCGCUGUUGAAAGCUAUUAUUACUCAGAGGUGCACAGAUGUAAAACGACAAUGCAUAAGUGUAAUUGGUUGAUACAGCUGUGAUCACGCCUGGUGUAGCUGACCCCGAACGGAUGCACAGUACACGCGGAUCUUCGUGGUGAAUGAGAUAUUGCACGGGGCCCAUAGGCACUUUCUAGGGAUCGAGUAAAUCCCACGAGCAGAAUCGAUUCGGGAGACAAUGUUCUUUCUAUGUUCAUUGGGCAGCAGCCUCAUCUCGAGGUAUUUAGAAUACUUCAAGUUAACAGCCACUAAUCCCGAUGGGUGCCUUCUGGCCAGGGAUGCAACUUAAAAACAGUUUGACCUCCCCAGCGUUUUUGGUGGUGGGGCACUUACCAAUCGUCCUUGCAAAACUCACUCGAUCCGUUGUGCCUUACGGGCUCUCUCUCUCGAACCCAACCAGCAGCCGCACAGCGGCGUAUGAUAUAGGCAGAAUGGUAUUACCUCCUUGUCUUUGUCGGUAAUAACAUUCUGCCAGCGUUUAUGGAUGAACCGACGGGUUCCGUGACCUCAUUCACUCAUGGCGCCACAGAAUGUAGAUCACUUAAGCUUGGGGCAGGGAAGCGAAAUCGUCAGCGUAGUCGAGAUCAGUCUGCCGGCGCCUGCGUGCAGGCUUAUAUUUGAAACCCUCAACGGCAUAGUUGAACAGACCGGGCGGCAGGAUGCAACUUUGUCAAACGGCAGGUCGGAUAUCGUACGGUUGGGACAGAUUUUUAUGGACGAUAGUAGAUCUUGCUCAUGGCAAUGACUUUGACCAGCAGGCUACCUAGCUCCGUUACUCGCAGCAACGAAGUCAACAAAGCAGACGGACAUCGCUGGUUGGUAGCAAUGGCAGGACUCCAAAAUACGCCUCGUGUGAAUAGCUGAUCCGCGCAUCCACGCCCACCUCCGAAUCCGGCUUCGUUGGCUCUCGUCCCCGAGUCGCGCAAUUUGGAAUCACUCGAGGACAACAGCGAAGACUUUGAAAGCAACGUCGAUAAGUCUUGUACCGCGGUAUUUUUCGCAUUUUUCCUUAUAUCUCUUCUUGAAGACAGGCUCAAAGAUGUCCAAGUCCAGAUUAUCAGGAUUGACCUCAUCUUCCCACGCUUGUCCAAUUGCGUCAUGGAGCUAGGACGUGAAAGUGUGAACUCAAAACUUGUAGAUUUCAGCGGGAAUAUCGUCCUCUCCAGGCGCCUUGUUACUGUGAAGCCUCGGCAAAUUCUCCCACUAAAGGGGGGUGACGGUCACAUGAAAUUAAUAAAGCUAGAGAUGGGUAAAACUCCUCUGCAGAGGAGAGCGAUGGUGUGAUGGGUUGCCCAUCACAGUUGAGUAGGUACUCAGAGUGCGCGCGUCAGCGAUCGCCUUUGACCGAGUUUUCAGCAAUAAAGCCGCCAUUCACAUCGCAAGCAGAGUCAAAUUGCCAAAGGCUUACCACUAACUUCGGUGGAGUUUUCGAAUAUCACCAACGUUUAAGGCCUGCUCCAUGAGCCGCUGUUUUAUUCUGUUAUUUUUGCUAGUCAUCCCGAACUGGUUUUUCCGUCUUUUUCCGUCGUUGGAGAAAGGAAUCAUCGUUGCCGGACCCGGUUCGAGCCAUCCCGGUAGAAAGUUGUACGGUCCUUCCGCUGAUCCAGUCACUGCGGUCCCGCUGAACGGCCCCAUAGAUCGGUGACUUCAAUGAUGACCGUCGGCUAUUGCCUUCUCCAUCGGUUCGGGCCGUAAAACGGGGCCACAUGUCCGUGCUCAGGGCGCGGACAGUAUCGGGUUGUCGAAUUUUUGCGAUAUCAAUAUGCCUCGCGCGUGGCAUUUCGGAUGCAGAUGACGGAUAAACUUUCGGUCGUGUGCGAACGGCAUGGUCAGACUCAUGGGCUUUACCAAUAUCGGCACCGUGCAUCGACCUGCUAUCGCGGCCCCUUGCUGCAGAAUCUUGAGCCACCAAGACUUUAGUUGAUCUGACUGGUCGUAUGGCCGUCGUUUGAAUACCAGGUCAGCAGACGUUUGUGAUGAUACUAGAAGCACGCGUUAGGGACAAACUGUUGGUUCUGAUCAGCAAAAAUCAAUAUUCUCUCACCACUGUUUCAUAUCUAACCAGGCCCAAAGUGGCAACUGAGGUGACUGAAGAGUCACCGGGUUGAGUCCGACCAUUGCAGUCCCUGGCGUAAAUCGGAAAAUCGCAUUAACUGAUGGCCCACCGCGAAACGGGGCAGAGAGGGCCUACUGGCAUUUCUGCCUGCGGGUUCCUUUCUCGUAGGAUUUGUAUAUUCCUUCUUUGUGGCACCGUUAGAGUGACUAAUAGAACCAAACGGGCUUUCAGACCGCGGGCAGCAAUGGUCGAAAUUGUUGUUUACAACUAUAUUACAUCGUCAUUACUUCCAUCUGAGAGGUCGGUGGUGCCCUGCGCAGGCCUGUUAAAGUAAGUAGCCUAAUUGCAGCUUUUUAAUUUUCUCAGAAAUUGAUCGCUAACUUGGAGUAAAUCAUUCUAAUUCAGACUUAUAGACAAAGACUGAGCAUUUAGCUAGUACCUGUGCUGUCAAGCAUGGUAUAUCGUGCAACCAAAUUAGCCUAAGUUAGGUGUGACCGAUAGUAAAAUAACUAUAGGUUAGUGAACGCCAAAACUAUCCGGGGCGAGGGGGAGGGAGUAUUAGUUGAUUUUCACGGCCAAACGCUACGCCCGACGCCCCUAAACAACUUAUUUUAGAGUUCCGUUCUUCCAAUCUCGAUAGGCAACUUGGCGAGAAGUCGGAAGUGAGCGUCAGGGAAAAGGGCUAGACACUUCAAAAAGUUUGGGUUACUGUCCGUCUCCGAAUAUCGGUACUCAAAAUAUGCUCUGCGUUUUAUUUGAUGACCGACAUUGGCCAUCUUGCUUAUCCUGAAAGUUUCUUUUUUGUUGUUGGAGAGGUUGAUUCUAUGCACUCACUUCACAGCUUUCAGAAACUGCUGCGGUAAGCGAAUUAGCACUUUUGCCAGCCUGACUAUUAGUCAGUCUCCCUUCUAUCGCUUAUAUGUAUGGACGCCGGGCUCUCCCGGAUUUUUGCGGUGGCUGAGACACGUGUACUUAAAAGUCAACCUCGUCUAUUCCAGGUAAGGAUUGAAUAGUUGUUAGAUCGGACGAGGUUGAAAUGCCAAUGAUGAGUUCGGUGCCAGAUACUCGCAUCCCUAUAGUAAUUAAUUCAAUUCAACACGGUGUCCCAUAAAAAGUGCUUUUUCCUCCAUAGGUAAUUAACUGCAUCAAUGGCCUAUGUGCUUUUCACUAGUCUACUCGUAUCUGAAGAGAGCCGGAAGGGCGUCAAUGAUGUGGAGCUCUUGGCUUAGCGAAGUUAGGGUGCAUUAAGAUGGCAGCUCAGAUACAUGACGACGCUGAUGGUGAUAGUGGUGGCAGUUUGUAGAAUAUGGCUUGUUUGUAGAAUAUGCUUUGUGACUGGCAUAGUAUUGUUUAGCAUGUCAUGUCUCUUGUGACCGAAAUUUUUUUACAGGCAAAAGCACAAUUCAAGCGCCGUAGCACUGCCAACCAAGUCGAGAUUCUCCUUCCCGUGCCCAGCGACGUGGAUUCGCCGCGCUUUAAGACCACAGUUGGCGCCUGUAGGUACAUACCGGAAGAAAAUAUUGUCGUCUGGUCCAUCAAGAACUUCCCCGGCGGCAAAGAAUACAUGAUGCGCGCUAGCUUCGGUCUACCCUCUAUUGAGGGUGAUCCCAGUCUUGAAGUAAAACCACCGAUCUCGGUUCGCUUUGAGAUUCCCUACUUCACCGUGUCAGGUCUUCAGGUAAGCCAACUCCUCUGACUCAGGUUGUUUGCGUACCGAUAUUAGGCCAUAGUUUUGGUCAUCGUCGUACUUGUCUUCUUUUGGAUGCUGGGGAAAUAUAGGAUUGUGUGACGCCUCCGAAAAAAAAUUACAAAUGCUAUUCAGAUCUUCGCAGUAUACUUUUUCCCCGCUGUCAUCUUUCUCAGAGGCAGUAAGUCCAUCUUUUUGGGGACCCGGUGUGAUUUGCGUAGAUGUUGGCUCGAUAGAGGCUUAGGCGUAAAACCUAGGCCAGUGGUCCUGAUGUAGACGAAAUUGUCAUCCCAAGCUUCUUGAUUCAUUUACAAAUUAAUCCGCAAACUUGGAGUAAGUUCUUAGACAGAAACUCCAGGGGGACCCAGUUAUGUGCCGAACCCAGCGCGACUGCGUCAUGCAUCAGCACAAAACCGGUGAACAUAUGACUGGGCUUUGAGCUUACACCCGUGGUAGAUAAGUCAAAAUUCUCAUUAUUCUCCAAAACCCCAACAGGGAGCGACAGUGCUCUUAAUUGGCGUCUGCUUAGACGUCAAACGUCUGGACAGGGGUCAGUCCAGGGCGGCUGCAAGUUCUGCGUGCGUUAUACGUUUGACCAGGUUUCUGACAAAUUAUGUGGGUAACCGGGAGUAACAUGAUGCCGAACGUGCUUGAAUUUUCGGUAUUUUUUCGACAUCUAACGGUCUGGGGACAUCCUAGUCCCUGGCGCGGUGGUCAUCGAUUGACUGUUUUUGAGCGAUAACCCCCACGGAUAAUUCGGGAAUGUUCGGUCGGCCACCGAUUGGGCUGCACGCGUGGGGGAAGGCACCACUGUUGCAGCGUACACUGACUGGAUAGUCGAUCUCACGCCUGCAUUUCGCACUCUGCUUGGGCUUAUGUGUCAUGUGGUCGCUUUUUCCUUUCAGCUUAGGUUUUGACUCCAUUCCGUUUCCGUCCUCCAUGAUAGAACUAAACUUAACAGCAUGGAGGUCGUUUCCACUCGAUUACUCGCGUUACUUCCUACCCACUGACUUCCGUUUAUCCUGCGCCGCAUUAAUAAAAUGGGACCUAACGAGGCAGGCACCCCUAGGAUGUGCACAUGUGAUCUGGUCAGUACAAAUAACCGCGUACAUAUUCGCUGCAGAACGCUCACCAUCACUCUUAUUGCUGGUAUAUACUUUAGUCGAUUUGUUCACUGCCGUUUUGACAAUUCAUUAUUGUCGGUUUUUGCGCCCCGCAAACGUUAAACUCCGUCCUUUAAAAUUCUGUAACACAGAGACAGCGGAGACCAAUCCUUGUGCCUUCUAAAACCUACUAGGCUUAGUGUCGGCGCCGAGGCUUUUGAAGGGCGGUCAGACGUGAACAUACACACUUCUCUCCCACAGCACUUUAGCGCAGGACUGUAGUGGCCCUACUCCGGGCGCCCGCUGCAACGCUGCGCCUCGCGCCCAGCAAUGACAAUCUGGUCUUGGCCAGUGGCGGCGAUCCAAACCGGCUAAUCAACUUUAAGGCCGAGUCAGACAUGCCCUCGCUUAGGGUGCUCUGCGUCCCAGUCACUCGGGACGCCCGCUCUCGCGGCGCAGGGAGCGUGCCCGCAUCCGACUGCCAACUUUCUCCUGCGUAUUAUCUAACUAUUCUGUGCAGAAUACAAUCCUCUCUCUCUGCUGGCCUCAAGCUUCUUCUGUUCACAAAUCGUAGUGCCUGUCGCGACAAGAGCGCUUCUAAUACGGUUAUGUCAAUAAAAGGAACUUGACUGGUAGGGUAUUUUGAAGGAACAGACGAUGCGGCUGAACUUAUUUUUCAAGCUGGAAAAUCAUGUUUCUGUCAUGCUUCAGUGUAUUACAUAACCGUACUUUCAACCCUACAUACUAUAAGUGACCAACACGAAACCGUGAGAUCUCAUAAAAGAAGUGCUGCAUGCCAAUUUUCGGGGAGGAAUUAGGAAGCUGCCCCGGAAACUUGAUGGGCGAUGAGCUUUUCAUAAGACUGUUAAGGCCCCAUCCGUAAAACCACUUUUACUGCCGUUCCUGUCCUGUGUCAAAGUGCCGGGGAGCGCAUAUAUUAGUGUCCUGCCGCUACAUGGGCCCCUUGUCCUUUCAGUCACCCAUUGCGAUAAAGGCGCUCUAUUUUCCCGGGUAGCAUUUAUGGCUAAAUGUAGUUCGUAAAGUGGAACUUAAUAUACCCCCAUGUCAAAUACUGCAUGGAUUUCCUUACGUCAACCGACCUGCUAACUGGUACUUGUAAUUUUUCCACACACAAACGGUGGAGCAAACCUCCUUUUAAAAAUCCGAUGUUAUAUGCAGUCUUUCAGGAAGAAAAGAAAUACACAUGGAAACUGCAUGUAAAUUAUCUACGAAUUAAUAAGAUGGAAAAAUUAUGUUGGUCCCUUAAGCUUUAAGGCGCACCUGAGUUCUUCAGUGCUAUUCUCAUGGAUGCAAAAGUGCCCCUUUUCAACGUUGUAGGCUGUUGGUCUCAUCCCAGUACGAAUAUAUGUCUUUUAUUUUGGUUUUCAGUUGUUUUUAUGCUGAUUAUAGCAGCCUUAUUGUCGCCCGCAUUUUCGCUGUUAUUUUAAGGUACAUUAUCUCAAAAUCAUCGAAAAAAGUGGUUACCAUGCUCUGCCCUGGGUUCGCUACAUAACCCAGAACGGUGAUUACCAGCUUCGCAUGGUUUAA